UAAUUCAGUGCCCAGGUAGGUUUAAAAUCAUUGGUGAAAAACAUAGGAGAAUGGUAUUUGAUGACAUAUCUUCGGUCGAAUCGGUCUGCUCAAGCAAGAUAAUGGCCCAAAUUUUGAGCGGGUCGGGUCUCCCAGCAAGCUUCUCGAGUAAGCCUCCGCUAAAAAGUUGAAUGUAUAAAACUUAUAACACAGCGCGCGAAAAUUCCGAAAUUAUAGAGGGAAAGGAAGAACACUAAAAGUCAGAUCCUCUCGAUUAAUCUCAUCUCUACGUUCUCUUCUCCUUCAAUCAACUCACCCUUCUUCGAUCCCCUUCCUCUGCUUCCAUCUCCAAUCAUCUACAAAGAUGGGAGAUGAAACGGUUGAUGCUAUCGAAGCCAAGUACAUCUCCGGUCUCAGCGCCGUCAUGGUCGCAACCAUCCAAGAAGCCAAGGACAGAAUCUCUCAGAUCGAGUACAUUUUCUGCAGCCAGCUGUUCCCUAAUUUCCAAUCCAAAUCCAAAGCCUUGGAAAAGGUUUACUCAGACGCUCGUCUCGCUGCCUCUGACGCUUGGAAAGAGAAGGAGAAGGAUCUGUUGUCACAGAUCGAGGAGCUCAAGGUAGAGAAUUUGGGUUUGAUCAAGGAUAAGGAGAAGCUAUCUGAAGAAAAUGAUAAGCUUAUUUCUAUGCCUCUGAGGCUGAAGAGUCUAGAAGACUACAUUGCUCAUUUGAAAAGGAAGUGGAAGAUUAGAUCUGAGGAGGUUGGGAACAGUGUAGAGCUGCAUACUGGGUUGUUUCAGGUGUUACAGUUAAAGGGAACGGAUGUGUUAGGCCAAGAUGAGGUAAAGAUGCUGCUUUCGGAAGUGAAGAGCCUUAAGGAGGAACUUUCUAAGAAAACUUUAGUGACGGAGAAUCUGUUGAAGAAGGUGGAGCAUCUGUCUACGGAGGCUUCAGAGAGCGAAAGGAAGCUAAGCAGCUGCGAGGACCAGAAACAGAGAUUGACAACUAGGUUGCAGGUGUUUGAGGAGAAUGUCGGUAGACUAGAAGACAUGUUAAGGCAGAAGACUGUCGAGCUCGAGGUUUUGCAGGGUAAACUCAACUUGACAGAGAAAGAACUGUUGGAUUGUAAACAAAAGAUUGCAGAUCAUGAGAUUGUGGGGAAAGCAAAUGCAUCAGGGGAAGUACUUGGUGGUAUGAAUAUGAAGGUCAAAGAUAGAAGCUACUUGGCUGAGUUAGAAACUUUACGCUGCCAGAAUGAGGAGAAAUCUCUAGUGUUAGCUAUGGAGGUAAAGAAAAAAAACGAAGCCAUCAGUGCUUUCAAAAAGCUGAAGUCUCAAUAUAAUUAUCUCCGCAAAAGGUUCGGGCUUACUACUGAUAGUGAUCAACAAAGCCAACUUGAGAGUGAGAGUAACCAAAAGGGACAACAUGAGAGACCAGCCAUCUCGAAUUCUCCCGAAAGGAAACACCCAGAAGCAGACAAGGUGAGAACUGGUACUGGCUCGAGGAUCAACCAUGAGAAAGAAAGUGUAUCCAAUACGUUGCGGACCCCUACUACUUCCAUUUCACCCAUUACGCAGUCACCUGGUAUUAGAAGUGACCCUUCUGGUGCAAAAUCAUUACAGCUAAGCGGAUCAAAGCGUCCAGCUUCCAUUUGGAGAGACACAAGGUCUCGCCAAUCCCCUGGAGGCAAAGAUCCUCAUGAUGAUUUUCUAGACACUCCCAUCGAGAACAUCAAAAGGGUUGCUGUGGAAGAAAAACAUGUCCCCGUUGCUGCUGCUGAGAAAGAUGCUGAUUCAGACGAUGAGACACAGGACAUGAACCCCAAACCGAGUCCCUCAAGGCAGAGAAUUCAAGUGGCGGAAACGAGUAGAAAAGGUUUCAAGCAUGUGGAAUCUGUGAGGAAGAAAGCAGAGAGGGAGAAUCUAAAAGGGAUAGAGUGUAAGCAGUGCAAGAAGUUCUAUGACGCUGUUCAUCCUGAGAAUGAAGGGAAUGGUAAAAGCUUGAGAUGUGAGCAUCAUGAAGGUGUGUCGAGGCAUCGUUACAAAUACGCUCCUCCAAUGACUCCUGAAGGGUUUUGGAACAUCGGGUUUGAAUCCGAAAUGUGAUUUAUAUACUUGACAUUCUUAUGUUUGGUUCUUUGACUCUCUUGAAUAAAAUGGCAACUUAACGCUU